AUGAACUCUCUCAACAUCAUCUCGUCACGAGUCUCUCCACCACCGAGUCCUGGUCCGACGAGAUCCAACUCCCUGAGCACGAUAGGUCUGGCGUUGAGCUCGGACGAAGCCUCGAAAUUAAGGGACAGCCAGACCGAGAACGCGCUGGCCGAUCUCGGCGAGAAGCAGAACUUGACGGCCGAGCCCGAAGAAUUCCCAGUAGAAAACCCAGGAUCUCUCGAAAAGCGCGAAGACCUCUAUGCGAUCGACGAAAAGACGCCCCUUAUACCACCCAAACACGAAACCCCCAAGGUGAUAAGCCCGAGAGGCUCGCCCUGGGUCCUCUAUCCAAAGCGCAUUGCAAACGCCUUUGUGAACUCGCUACGAUGGAUACUUCACACCCUCACCGCACCUGGCGUGUACCUGAUCGCCUGUCUUUAUAGCGAAAGCGGUGACUUUGCGCCUUUACAACAACUAAAGAAACUCUUUGGGAUUUACGGUGGAGAUGCAAAGGCGCUAGCGAUGGAUUAUCACGAGAAUAUUGAAAAGAGCAGCGGCAGUAGGUCAAGUCGAGGUGGAAGCAGGGCAGGGCGUAUACCGCGGUCGAGUAGUUCGUCAUCUUCAGGUUUAUCUUCCGAGUCCGAGUCGGACCCAGAGCGUAAAAGGCAGGGCGGCAGUCGGCGGGACAGUGUGAGUGGAAAACACCACCUGCGCUCGAAAUCACUGCAGGACACCGAAGAGAUCGCCCCGGCCCGACGGUCUAUCCGAAUCAAGCUCCACGCCGAGGAGUCCCUCCGACAGCGCAAGCACCGCAAAGGACAAUCCGCCAGCAGCGUCGCACGCGCAGGUUCAGCGCCCGGAGGCGGUGACGGAUCUGGAGAUAUCUCGGCGCACCUCAAGUCCCCCACCUCGCCUGUGGCUGCCCUCACCAAGUACCCGAAGACCCCCGGCCCUCCCCGUCCCCUGAUCCCCCGCCGGCAACCAUCCUAUAUCAACACCGGCGACGUCAUCCCCGGCGGCACCGAACACCAAAAGACCCUCAUUCUCGACCUCGACGAAACUCUGAUUCAUUCCAUGUCCAAAGGCGGGCGCAUGUCGUCUGGUCACAUGGUCGAAGUCCGGCUCAACACUACGUAUGUCGGAGUCGGCGGCCAAAACUCGAUUGGUCCCCAGCACCCGAUUCUGUAUUAUGUCCACAAGCGCCCUCACUGUGACGAGUUCUUGAGGAGAGUGAGCAAGUGGUAUAACCUGGUUGUGUUUACCGCUUCGGUUCAAGAAUAUGCCGACCCAGUGAUUGACUGGCUGGAGGCGGACAGGAAGUAUUUCAGCGCGAGGUACUACCGGCAGCACUGCACGUUUAGGCAUGGGGCGUUUAUCAAGGAUCUGAGCAGUGUUGAGCCGGAUUUGAGCCGGGUGAUGAUUUUGGACAACAGCCCCUUGAGUUAUAUGUUUCAUCAGGACAACGCAAUCCCGAUACAAGGCUGGAUCAGCGACCCGACGGAUUCCGACCUGAUGUAUUUGAUACCAUUUCUGGAGGGGAUGCAAUACGUGAGCGACGUGAGGGCGUUGCUGGCGCUGAGAGGGGGAGAGGAUGGGCAGCAUAUGGCUUGA